AUGGCGAUGGUGUCGCUGGGUGGUGCCCCAGAGGACGAGGUGCUGUUCCUGGUUGUCCAGGCCCUCAGCAGCGGCCCCUUUGCGGCGCUGGGCGCGCAGCUCGCGGCGCAGGCGGCCGCGCAGGGCCUGCUGCCGCGCCGCCACGACGUCACCGGCGCCCAGCACCCGCUGAGCCUGUCCGAGCUGCAGCAGCGGUACGCCCACCUGCCAUCAGAUGCCCUGCACCAGCUGCUGUCACACCUGCUGGAGCGGCGGCAGCAGGAGGCACCGCAGCCUGCGGCCCGCGGGCUGACGAGCCUGCUGGAAGGCGGCGCGCUGGGCGUGCUGAGCGGCGGCCCCGCCGCCGCCACACUGCCGCCGCUCCCGGCCUGGCUGCGCCCCGCCCGCGCCCUGCCCUCGCAGCCCCACCGCCUGCUGCUGCUGCGCCAGUGCGGCCUGCUGCGCUCCGCGCAGCACCCAGCCAUGGUGGUGCCGCCGGCAGAGUACGGGCGCCAGCUGGCUCACCAGCUCACUGUGCGGGGCCACCGCUACGCGGUGUACUGCGUGACUUACGACCGUACCGGCCGCUACAUCGUCACAGGCUCAGACGAUCGCCUCGUUAAGAUCUGGUCCACGCGGACGGGGCUGCUGCAGAGCAGCUGCCGGGGCCACGACGCCGAGAUCACCGACCUCUCUGUGUCGGCAGACAACGCCCUGGCCGCCUCCUCCUCCAUGGACGGCACAGUGCGGGUGUGGGAGCUGGAGGGCGAGUCGGGGCGCCCCGGCCAGCCUGUGUCUGUGCUUGUGGGGCACACCGGCCCCGCCGCCUUUGUGGACUUCCACCCCUGGCUGCCCGACGCCCUGCUGACGGCCUCCUUUGACGGCACCUGCCGCAUCUGGCGGGCGCGCGAGCCGGCCAGCCCGCCGAUUGUGCUGCGAGUCGACCCCGCGCGCUUUGGGCUGACGGGGCAUGCGGUCACGAGGCUGGGCGGCCUGGGCUGGCAGCCCUUUGCUGGUUCGGGCGCCGCCGGCCCUUCUGCUGCUGCGGCGGCGCCCCUGCAGCUGCCCUUGGGGCUGCUUGAUGGCGGCGUGCGAACCACGCGCAACAUGGAACGCCAGCUGCUGGGCCACCUGGCAGGAGGCUCCUCCCAGCCGCAGCAGCAGCAGCAGCAGCGGGAUGGCGGCGAGCAUCCGGGGGUGCGGCACAGCGGGCGGGCCGCCCGCCAGCUGCGCGAUCUGAGUGAGCUCAUGGACGAGGAUGGGGGCGAGGAAGUGACAGAUGGGGACGACUCUCCAGUGCCAGGCGGGCGCCAGCAGGGCCGUGUGGCUGCUGCAACAGCUGCAACAGCCGCGGCAGCGGCAGCGGCAGCAGACGACGAAGACGAUGAGCACAUGGAGGAUGGUGUCGCAGCCGCCGAUGGCCUGCUGGUGUGCGGGUUCAGCCGGGACGGCACGCAUAUCGUGGCGGGCGGCAACGACUGCAGCGUGUACAUCUGGCAGUGGGCAGUACCGCAGCCGGCAUCCCUGCAGCAGCAGCAGCAGCAGCAGGGCGGCAGCACCCCCGCUGGGCCGCCAGCCGCCAGCCCAGCAGCGCAGGCGGGGCCGUCUCAGGAUGCUGGGGCAGCGGCCGAGCCCGCGUCUGCCGGGGAACCAACAGCGGCAGCGGCAGCAGCACCAGCAGCAGAUGGCACAUCACCUGGUGGCGCCGGCGCUGCCACCGACCAGCCAUCUCCCGCCGCGGCGCAGCGGGCGCAGCAGGUGCAGCAGCCGCAGCGGCGGCAGCAGCGGCAGGGCGGCGUGGGCGAGGGCUGCGAGUGGCCCGCCCCGCGGGAGGUGUGCCAGCUCAAGGGCCACCGAAACGACGUCGUGCUGCUGCAGUUCAGCCACGGCGGCGACCAGGCCGCCACCGGCUCCAAGGAUGGCACCGUGCGGGUGUGGCGCCGGCCGCGGCGGUGGCGCAAGCGGCCGCAGGCAUGGGAGCAGGAGGUGACGUUUGCUGUGCUGCCAGACCCGGAGGCGAUCAAGGAGGCGCGGCGGCGGCGGCGCCCGCCGCCGGCGCCGAGCAUCGACCAGAUUGCUUGGAGUGCCGACGACCAGCGGCUGGUGGUGUCAGUCACAGACUUUGGCAUCCGAGUGCUGGCCAUGCCCGGCGGCCAGCUGCUGCACCACCUCUCCUUCCACACCAGCCACGUGCACAUCCUGGAGUGCCACCCCACCGACCCCGCCCUGGCCUUCAGCGCCAGCUACGACGGCACGGUGGCGGUGUGGGACACCCGCAGCGGCACGGUGCUGCGCAGAUUCAGCAGCCGCCAGACGCGCCCCGACGGCCGCAGCUGGCCAGACUCCAUCCCUUUUGCUGACGGCCACUUCUCUCCCGACGGCUGCUCCAUCGCCGUCACAGACGUGGCGGGUCAGCUGCACUACUACUCUCUUGGCCCAUGCGAGGGCACCCUCUUUGGGCGGGCCCCUUACGACCAGUUCUUUUCAUCGGACUACAGCCCUCUCAUGCGAGACCUGCAGCACAACGUGGUGGACGCGGAGACGCAGCUGCCGCCGCACCUGCUGGAAGGCAAGGCGGGGCGGGAGUGCGCGGCUCGCGGCGCGCUGUGCGACGCUCUGGGCAACCCCUACCCGGAGCCACUGCAGGAGGCAUUCAGGGCGCAGCGCGUGCUGUCGGCACCCACGCAGGCAUGCCCUGCUGUCUGUCACUGCUGCUGCUGGGAGGUGGCUUGGCUGGAGCCGGGCAAGGAGCCCGGCUAUCUGCUGGCGGCGCCCACCCUCACGGCGGCGCAGUGGGCGGUGGAGCAGGUGAACGGCACCGAGCACACGGUGCAGCUGGCCAUUUCUCGGGCCCAGGAGCGGCUGACCGUCUACGAUGACAGGCUGGAUGCCGGGGCGCGGGAGGUGGUGGCGCGCGAGGCGGCGGCAGAGGCGGGGCGGCCGCGCAGCCGGCAGCGGCGGCAGCAGUGGGCGGAGGAGGGGGCUGGGGCUGCGGCGGACGAGGCUGCUGAGCCGCAGAGCUCAGGGGAGAUGUUUGAGGAGGGUAGCCUGGAUGGUUCUGAUGAGGAUGUGGAUUCAGGCAUGCUUACUAGCGAGGAGGAGGAGGAUGAGGAUGAGGAGGAGGAGGAGGGCGAGGACGGCGGCAGGCGGCGGCACAGCCAGCGCCCCAGCCGGCAGCGCGCCGCGGCAGAGGCGUCGCGGCACAGCAGCCGGCUGGCCAGGCAGCGCGAGGGAGGCGGCGGCGGCGGCGGCGGCUCCUCCCGUGCCACCACGCGCCGUGCGGUGCGUCCAGCUGCUGCUGCUGUGGAGGAGGAGGACGAAGGCGGAGAUCAUGAGCAGCGCGAGGAGCGGCAGCGGCAGGACAGGGAGGCGCGAGCGGCGCGGCGGCGGGCCCUGCAGCAGCAGGAGCUUGCGCACGAGCGGCACCGACGGCAGCGCCAGGCGGCGGCGCGGCGGCGGCGUGCCGAUGACAGCUCGGAGGAGGAGCAGCAGCUCAGUGAGGGUGGGGCCGGCAGCGAGGAGGAGGCAGGCCCCAGCCGGCGCCCCGCCGCGGCACAGCGCUCGCGCCGCCGGCCGCGGGCCGAGAUGGAGGAGGAGGGCGGGGCGGCCGGGCAUGCGGAACAGGCAGAGGGGCGGCAGAGCAAGCGCCAGCGCCGCGCGCGUGGCGCCGGCGGCCGCGCGCUUUCCAAUUACUCCUGGCUGCUGGCCACACGCCCGACCAGCGCGGUGUAUGUGCCUCAGGCUGGCGACUGUGUGGUGUACCUGCGAGAGGGGCAUGAGCGGUACCUUCAAGACACCAAUGACAAGCGGCCGCCGCCCUGGGCCACGCUGCGCCACGGCAGGAGCAUCCGCCCCGCCGAGCCCUGCAGGUUGGUGGAUGUGCAGUACGCGAUUGCCAACGACGGUACCGACUUCACCGUGGCCCAGCUGACCCUCAUGUUCACGCAGGACGCCUCCCCGCUCAAGGCAGGCCACGCAGCCGCAGCAGCGCCAGCGCCCGGCCGCGACACUUGCUUUGCUGUGGAGGUGCCUCCCCCGGUCGCAAACUGUGUGGAGUAUGUGGUCUUGGCCAGCCGCUUCCAGGCUUCCGUGGUCUCGCAGUGCUGGGAGGUCGGCCAGCGGUGCCAAGUGUACUGGAAUGACGAGGAGGCCACCGGCAGCGGCAAGUGGUGGCUGGGCACUAUCAUAGAGGACGCUCGGGGCGGCAGGAAUGCCGAUGUGCUGGAGGAUCCGUAUGGCGCCGGCCAGCUGUGGGAGCGGUUCGAUGUGGAGUGGCACGGCGUGGCUGGCCCCGGUGGCGAGCUCGUUGAGGAGAGGCAGGCAGACAACCAGCGGCACAGCCCCUGGGAGCUCUUCACCCCUGGCUCUAUAGACCAGGUGGCGGCGCAGGAGGCCACCUCCCUAGACCCGGCAGUCGUGGAAAAAAUGCUGGCAGCCGUGCAGGCUGCCGGCUCCCAGGACCGCUUCGUGCUGUUUGUCGCCUCCCCGGAUCCAGAGGAGUCAUACCUGUCCAAGAACCGCCGCCGCGAGUACUACAACCGCCUGGUGGCGCUGCCGCUGUCGCUGUGCGAGGUGGGCGCCCGCCUGGCCUCCGGCUACUACCGCCAGCCCGAGGCGGUGCAGUCCGACCUGGCCACCAUCGCCGCCAACGCCGCCACCUUCAACGGCAGCGUGGAUGCGCUGGCUGAGGAUGCGGCCGCGCUGGCAGCGUACCUUACGGCUGUGCUGCACGGGCAGGAAGUGGACCUUGCGGUGUAUGCCACGUAUCCAGAAGACGCAGCUGUGGCAGAGGGGGCAGCUGCAGAGGCCAGAGCAGCGCCGGGCGCUGGCGGCCGCAGCCGCGGCACGCGGCGCCGCGAUAGCCGCCGCGACGGGCAGCCUCGGGGCGACCUGGGCAUGCCAGACCUGCAGCUGCUGCUGCAGCAGGGCGCGGAGCUCCCACCGCCGCCGCUGCCGCUGCCGCUGCCGCUGCCGCUGCCGCUGCCGCUGCCACAGCAGACCAGCCCGCGGGAGGAGCUGCCGCUGGGUGCUGCGUUUGGCGAGGCGGGCACGGGGCGGGCAGGCGACGGCGGCAUGCGUGUGCGCUUCACCGUGCCUGUGCACCUCAGGAGGUCCUUGGGUACUGCUCCAGCGGCAGCUCCGACACCAGCGGCGAUCACAGACGGCCAGCACGCGGUGGAGCCUCCGCCAGGCGUGCCAGCGGCAGCAGCUGGCGAUGCUGGCACGCAGCACGCGGGGCCAGAGGGGGCGGCGGCGCCGGCGCAGUGGCCCGCGCAAGGGGCAGCAGAUGGUGCAGGUGUGCAGGCGCCGGCAGCGGCGGCGCCGGGUGCACCUGCCGCUGCGGGGCCGCCACCGGACCUGUUUGCAGAUGUCGCCGCGCUGCUGGCGUCCACCCACGGCGGCAUGGGUGCGCCAGCUGGGCAGCCGGCAGCGGCAGGCUGCGGCGAGGCCGCUGCAGCGCCCCCGCCGCCGCCAGACUGGUUUGCAUCGCUCCCCGCACCGGCAGCGGCAGCAGCGGCAGCAGGAGACGGCGGCAGCUGGCCAGCCGGCUGGGCUGGCCAGCCGAAUGGGCACCAGCAGGUGGCUGCCGGCGCGCGGCACAGCGGGCGUGCCGGGGCGGGUGCGCGGCGCACUCGUGGCGAGUAUGCCAGCUUGGAUCAGGAGGAGGAAGAGGCUGGCAGCAGCAGCGAGAGCGGCGGGGGUGGCAAGCGGCGGGACGGGAGAGGGGCUGCGGCGCCAGGAGGAGCCAGCGGCAGGCGGCAGCGCCGAGGCCUGCGCACGAGCGGGCGGGCGGUGCAGCGGCAGAGCUACCGCGAGAGCGACGGGGAGGAGCAGCAGGAGGAGGAGGGCGGCGCCGCAGCUGGCGCUGGCUGGGUGGCAGACGAUGCCUGGCAGCACGCGUUCCAGCCCCAGCAGCAGCAGCCGCAGCGCCACCGGCGCAAGUCGGCACCGGCGGCGGCAGCCAGAGGCGAUAGCGAGAAUUGGAUGGAGGGCGUUGAGGAGGAGGAGGAGGCUGCCGGAGAGGACAGCUACCAGCCUGGAGGCAGCAGCUCUGAGGAGGAGAGCGAGGAGGGGUCGGCAGGCGGCCGCGGCGGCAGCCAGCGCCGCCGGGGCAAGCAGCAGCAGCAGCAGCGGCAGGGGCGCUCCAGCAGGCGCCGCUGA